CCGCGUCACUGCAUCUCACAUGCAAUGGCACACACCCGCCAUCAAACCACAACCCACCCACUGAGCAAAAGGGGCAAGGCCUACAUUACACUCAAUUCCUCUUCCAGAAGUUUUGAUGAGCAAAAGCACAGUACAGCCUGUGUGAUCCAACCAGCGCGUGCUGGUUGUAGUGUUCAAACAAGGCGGGGCUGACUCUCCUGCCUCAUUGUGGACGGACCACAAGUAGGACAGCCGGACACCGAGGAGCGCCGCUGCCGCUGCUGCUGCUGCUGUUUUAUGACAUUAGAGAGCCAGGCAUGAAUUCGGCCGAGCAGACGGUAACGUGGCUCAUAACGCUCGGGGUCCUGGAGUCUCCCAAGAAAAGCAUCUCGGAUCCUGAGGCUUUUCUCCAGACAUCUCUGCAGGAUGGAGCGGUGCUGUGCAAGCUGCUGGAGCGACUCAGACCCGGGACGGUGGACAAAUUUUUCCAGGAACCGAGGAGCGACAGCGAGUGUCAGAGGAACAUUACCGAGUUCAUUAAAGGCUGCGGGGCUUUCGGUGUGGAGCCUUUUGAGGUCAAUGACCUCCUGCAGGGACUGAACUUCUCCAAGGUCCUAAACUCCUUGGUUGCCCUUAACAAAGCUACUGAAGAUUUAGGUGUUUCUGAAGACAGUGUGUGUGUGCCGCACUCCUCAACAUUGAGGAUCAAGUCGUUUGACUCUCUGAACACUCAGAGUCGCUCCUCUAAACUGCUGCAGCCUCAGUACCGCAGCCUGGACAUGUCAGAGGGCAGUGGGUUUGGCCACUUUCUGGUCAAGGCGCGCUUUCCCUUCCAGCAGACCAAUGAGGAUGAACUCUCUUUCUCCAAGGGCGACAUCAUCAGCGUGAGCCGGCAGGAGGACGGGGGCUGGUGGGAAGGCUCAUUGAACGGCAAAUCCGGGUGGUUCCCAAGUAACUAUGUGCGGGAGCUGAAAGGAAGCGACAAGACAUCAGACAAGCCAAAGUCUGGGACAGUGAAAAGCCCUCCCAAAGGUUUCGACACCACUAUCAUCAGCAAGACAUACUACAAUGUGGUCCUACAAAACAUCCUGGAAGCAGAGAGUGAAUAUUCGAGGGAGCUACAGAGUCUCCUGGGCUCGUACCUUCGCUCACUUCACCCCACAGACAGACUCAGCAGUGUUGACAUCAGUCACAUUCAGGGAAAUCUGGAAGAGAUCUCAACCUUCCAGCAGAUGUUGGUUCAGUCCUUGGAGGAGCAUACAAAACUCCCAGAGAGCCAGCAGAGGAUCGGGGGGUUCUUCCUGAGUCUGAUGCCCCAGAUGAAGAUCAUCUAUGUGGCCUACUGCUCCACCCACCCGUCUGCUGUGAAUGUACUCACACAACACAGUGAGGAACUGGGGGAGUACAUGGAGUCAAAGGGGGCGUCCACUCCUGGGAUCCUGACUUUGACCACUAGUCUGAGUAAACCCUUCACCAGACUGGAGAGAUACCCAACACUGCUGAAGGAACUGGACAGACACAUGGAGGACCAACAUCCUGACAGGCCUGACCUCCUUGCUUGCAUGGCGGCCUUUAAAAGCUUUGCAGCUCAAUGUCUGGAGGUGAGGAAGAAGAAGGACCUGGAGUUGCAGAUUUUAACAGAGCCAAUCAGGAAUUGGGAAGGGGAUGACAUCAGAACCCUUGGCCCUGUUCUCCACAUGUCCCAAGCCACAGUCCACACUCAGAGCUGUCAGGAGUUUAAUGAACGCUACCUCGUCCUCUUCCCUCACACUCUGCUCAUGCUCUCUGCCAGUCUGAGGAUGAGUGGAUUCAUCUAUCAGGGGAGGAUGCCGCUGACAGGAAUGCUCAUCUCCAGAAUAGAAGACGGAGAAAACCUGAAGAACGCUUUUGAAAUAUCUGGUGGCCAGGGUGAACGGAUGCAGGUGGCAUGUAACAGUCAGCAAGAUCUACAGGACUGGCUGGACCUCCUCACCAAACACACACACACUUCAGCCGCGAACACACACUCCAGCAAGCAUCAGUCCGUCUGUCACACAUUGCCCUCUCACCCUGCCACUCCCUCCAGACACUCAGAGUCUCGUGGAGGGAGCAUUGGACACACCUACCACACCCUUCCCCACCCCUCUUCAUAUGGGACGGCCCACAGCGGCAGCCCAAUGUGGGGGCCCCUGGAGCCACCGAGUACCCCCAAACCCUGGAGCCUGAGCUGCCUUCGUCCUGCGCCUCCACUCCGGCCCUCGGCUGCUCUCUGCCAGAAGGAGGAUAUGAGCAAGAGUCCUAAGAACAUGAAGAAGCUGCUACCGAAGAGGAAGCCAGAGAGGAAACCUUCAGAAGAGGACUUCACUGUCAGAAAAAGUACAGCAGCUCUAGAGGAGGACGCUCAGAUACUGAAAGUGAUUGAGGCCUACUGUACCAGCGCCAAGACACGACAGACUCUCAACUCCACCUGGCAAGGGACUGACCUCAUGCAUAACCAUGUGCUCGCUGACACCAGCCUGACCGUCGCCGGUUUCCCCGGCAACCUGCCUUGUUCUGACCAGUCAGAGGACUCGGAUUAUGACAGUAUCUGGACUGCCACUAGUUACAGGACUGCCUCAUUUUCUCGCUCCAGCAGGAAGGAUGUACACAUGCUGUUCCCAGAGGAGGAAAAGAUCAUAGUGGAGGAAACCAGGAGCAAUGGACAAACUGUAGUGGAGGAGAGGAGUCUGGUGGACACUGUGUACAGUCUCAAAGAUGAGGUCCAGGAACUCAAGCAGGACAACAAGAGGAUUAAGAGGACGCUGGAGGAGGAGCAGCGAGCGAGGAAAGAGCUGGAGAGGAUCGUCAGGAGAGUUCUGAAGAACAUGAACGACCCAACCUGGGAUGAGACUAACCUCUGAGAUCAAUAUGUGGAGGAGACCAAUGUCUCUUCUCUUGAAUGACCAAAUGACUUUUGAACCUGUUGUUCAACCUGUGUGAACGGAGGCCACCAACACCCCAUCAUGUCUUCACCGUUUUCACUUGCUUCGACCUUCUCAGUGACCUGCGUACCAAUCUGUGGACCAAGAGAAAAUGCCUGCCAGCCAUCAGCAAAGCCAUCCCAACUGACCGUAAAGCUGUGAAGCCAAAUUAGCUGGUAGGCAUGACGACAUCUGUGCUCCUUUACUUUUUUUGCCUUCUUUGGAGCACUGUCAAACCAAUCGUUGUUUUUCAUUUACUUGUGUAUUUAUCUUCCAUUCCUGCUUAUGCUUAUUUGCAUAAACUUUCACCAUUGCAAGGACAGUAUUUUAUUGACUGGCUUGAUGCAUGAAUAAGAACGCUACAUAGGGUUAAUAUAUGUCAGCGAUAUCAGAGCUGUAUGUGAAAGUCCUCGUUGAAACUUGAAAACUUUUUCAUUAGCAGCAAAUUUUGUCAUCAAAUCAUAUUGUUAUAAAAGUCACCUUUAAAACUCUAUUUUAUGAUAAAUAUUAGUGACAGUCCAACAAACUAUAAAGUUGGUUUAUUUGUUAUAAUAAAAUACAAAGUGUGGGACACUCAGUUACAUUUUAAACUUAAAUUUACCAGCACUUGUUAGUGACCUCGUGUUUUACAGGAUGAAAUGAAAGUCAGUUGCAGAUUAUCAUUUUGUGACAGACCACCAUAUUAUUUUCUUGAUCCACUACAUUAUUUGAUAUAUGGAUAUGUAGAUUUCUGGCCAGUGAUGAUUUAGAUUUUUUGAAUAUUUUUUGUAUUUUAUUAAGCUUUAAACCCAGAUGAAUAAACUACAAGUGAGGUGGACCAGAGACAUGGAGAAAAUAUGAGAAACUAGUUGAUUUAUUUGUUGGUACUGUUUGGACUGUUCUUCCAUGUCUAUAUACAAGUAAUUGUUUGGAUGCUAAAGCUAAAGAUACAUUUACUUUUGAGAACAAUCUAAUUUAAUGAAUUGAAGGGUAAAUGAUAGUAUGUGAGAUCAAAAACAACACAAACAAAUGUGUAAAAAUGUGUAGUUACUAGGAAAUCAGUUAAAGGGACGCUAGAGGGAGAUUUUCCUCAGGAAUUAAUAUGACCAUCAGGGAGUCGAAGGUUUCAGCUCCACAUUAACUUUUAUUUAUAAUUUCAUAUUCUUGCAGAUUGACAUUCCAAGCUAUGUUUAAAUGUGUAGGAAACUUGAUUUAGAAUGAUGUAGUCAAACGUGAUGCACUGUAAAUGUGUAUAUGAAGCAGGGAGAGCGAGAGGCCAAUAAGCUUUUUAAACCUUAUACAUGUCUGCCCAAAGCUACAGCUGUAACAGUAAAAUAUGUGUCGAUAACAAACACAGUAUUGCUGCUAAAUCAAUUAUUUCAGAACAAAAUGUCUGGCAGCGCUGUAAGAGCUGCUGUGCAGUUUGUUUUGAAAUUCACACUGCCCACAAACCACCUUUUUCUUUGUCAUUUACAAAUAGGUUCUUUGAAGUUUCAGAGUUUAUAUAUGUUUAACUCUUUUUAAACUUGUGGACCUACUGUCACCACUUUUGCUUCAGCUUGACAUAGAUAAAAGAUUGUCAGAAGGACAAACAAUUAUUUAUUUAAAAAUUAGGCUGUUAUUGCUAGUUACAGCUGAAUUGCUUGGAAUUGAACCCAUGGCUGCUGCAGCAUGUACUCAGCCUUGGUACAUGGGGUGCUAGCUCCACCAGGCGAGCUACCAGGGCUCACCUACAAUGACUGUAUGAGGUGAGAUACAAUCAAAAACAUUAAAGGAGCUGUAAGCAAUAUUUGUUUUGUUAAAAAAAGCUCUACAUUCUAACAGCCAUCACUGAUGUAGAGAGUUCAGUCAGUAACAUGGGUCACCCAGUCCCUCCUUUCUGCAGUAAACAGAGAAUACAUUUUCUAGUGUCCUGUUCCCUCUUUAUCCAAUCAGGAGAUAACUGCUUACUGCACCUUUAAAUUAAUGUCAUCAUGUCUUGUUGCCAUACAUAGGAUGAUAUAUGCAUAAUGUAGUAUAAAAGUAAUAGAAACUCCUAAUGUAAAAGCCCAGAAUGAAGGAAAAUCUUAAAUGCAGCCCACUUAAUAAAUCAGCAAUGACUUAAACAUUAUCAUAAUAAUAAUGACACUAAAUAGCUUUUUGAGUUUAUAUUCAAAUUUUAAUACAAUAUUCACACCCGUCUUCUAGCAGCUGCGAGGUUUGCAGAGGAAAUGAGAGGCCAGAGUCCAGUUUUAAACUGACUGACAGAUACCAUCACUGAUCUUUAUUUAACUUCCGUCUUUUAGGAGCCAAACAAAAUAUACUGAGUCAGCUCGCUGCUCUUACUGCUUCAAGACCAAAGUCCAAGCAAUACAACAGUGGAAAAUGUUGAUGGGUUUUAUUAUGAUUUUUAUAAUGUCAAUAUGCAACUUACUGUAGAAUGUUUUCUUAUUUUUAUAUUUGUGAUUGUGUUUUUACUCUAAACAACUGGUUUUGAUUUGUAACACUUAUUUUUACUUGACCUGGUUGAUCACACUGAAGCUGAUUUGUACAGAAAAGCAGCAUAUUUCUCAUGAGCGUCAGAAGACGUGCCUUGGGGAGAAGUAUAUUUCCUUUAUGCUAAAGUUAUUAAGCAUAAAAACUUCAGCCACAAGUGAAAUAUUACUGAAAUGAAACCACACUAAUGUAAGCCAUGUAAAACAGUAUGUCAAUUAUUGACUCUAACUUAUGUAUUUAACUGAAAGUGACUGAUGUAAAUGUAAUGUGUGUUCCAAUGUUAAGGUGAUGAAGGUGAUUACAGUAGUAAGAAUCAUCCCCCCUCUAUUUAUUUCACCCGUCUGUCUGUGAAUAAAAUGUUGAAUCAAA